UGCUUGUCCUCCAGCUCUCCAGCUUGAUGUAGGAGGAAAGAGGAGUCUGUGGGACACAAUGAAGAAAGUUGGACUUAUUGGAGCGUUGCUUCUGCCACAGGCAACGUCAUCAUCAGGUUGUCAUCCUCAUGUCAAUCUAGUGAGAGAGGAGGAGAAGUGCAUGAGAGAUGUGCUUCUUUACGAUUCACACCGAGCAACAGAAAACAACAUCAGCAUGCACUGUGAAGGAAUGUGGGAUCAUCUGAACUGCUGGCCUCCUGCUUCUCUUGGGGAAACCGUCUCUCAACCAUGUCCAGAGUUUUUCAAUUCAGAAGGGACGGUGCAUCGCAACUGCACCGCUGGCGGCUGGACGGACCCGCUCGUCCCACAUGAAGACGCAUGUGGCUACACCUUCAAUGAGACGCUCCACUUUCUGGGAGAGUCCACAGAUUCCCAUCUGUACUUCUCCUAUGUGAAGACCAUGUACACAGCUGGAUACACACUCUCCCUCAUCUCCCUCACCAUCGCCAUCGCCAUCUUCUGUCUGUUUAGGAAGCUGCACUGCACCAGGAACUACAUCCACAUCCAGCUCUUCAUCUCCUUCAUCCUGAGGGCCAUCUUCAUCUUCAUCAGAGACACUCUGCUGUUUACUAAUGAAGAGCUCUACCACUGCGACUACUACCCGGUGGCGUGUAAGGUCGUCCUGAUGUUCUCCAACUACUCCAUCCUGGCCAACUACAGCUGGCUGCUGGUGGAGGGCCACUUCCUCUUCACGCUGGUGAGCCGCUCCUUCUUCUCGCUGAAGAAACACCUGGUCUGGUACAUCGUCCUGAGCUGGGGUUUACCAGUGGUUGUUAUUGUCUCCUGGGGCUGUGCCAAGUAUUUCUAUGAAGACGAAGGCUGUUGGGAAACAAGGAGCCAUGAGUGGAUUUGGUGGAUACUUCGAGUGCCUGUUCUUCUGACUAUAUCUAUGAAUCUCAUCUUCUUUCUGGGGAUUCUGAGGAUUCUGGUGAGCAAGCUGAGGAUGCCAGACGCUCAGAGGAAUGAAUUCAGUCAGUAUAAGAGACUGAUAAAGUCCACGUUCUUCCUGGUGGCUCUGUUCGGUCUGCAUUACAUCCUGUUUGUCUUCUUACCUGUGGAGGUCAGCAGCCUGAUGUUUAAGAUCUGGACCUUUGCCGAGCUGGCUCUGUCAUCCACACAGGGGUUUGUGGUCGCUGUGCUUUAUUGCUUCAGGAACGGAGAGGUGCAGCAUGAGAUUCAGAGGAGGUGGAGGAGGUGGAGGCUCACUCGGCUCCUGCCCGCUCGGCCCAGGCAGCAUCACGGCUCCAUGAGCCACAGCGCAUCCCCACACACCCAGGUCACCCUGCUGCCUUGCUCUCCAGGCAGCCCGGCCACUGCAGGGCUCCCGCUCGACACAGUGGAGAUGUGACUGGAGUUGGAGUCGACCCUCGCUCAGUGCAGACAGUCAAGUGAUUCUAAGU